CAUUGAUGCGUCUCAUUCGGAUGUUUUUCACAUCUGCGAAAAAUCGACCGAACAAGACAUGAAAGGUUCGACGCGACCGGCGUCAGGCCUCUUCUCUCUGGAUCAUCUGACCCUCCUCGCCAUGACGCGUCCCGUCGGCGCGCGGCGCCAUGGCGGGAACGACGUGCCGUCUCGCACGGCUGAAACGACUCACGGCAGUGAUUGCAGGACGAACUUGCCUCUUUCCAUCAUGUCUCUUCCCAAGAAAGGCCUCGGCAAGAGCAGCCGCUGGCGCGACGCCUUGCGUGUGGGCCGCCGUUCUGGCGACACUGUGCUGCACAAUGCAACGAUGCAAGCGGCCACCGAGGGCCGUCAAUGGGAAGAGGCCCUGGCCAUCUUCCAGCGCCAGCGUCGUGCCGACCGCGCCGAUCGGGUGAGUGCUGGAUGCGUAGUCCACGCGCUGGCACGAGGUCAACACCUGAAGCGUGCGAUCCACUUCGCCAAAGAAGAUGGUCCACCUGGUCCACCCUGGGCCGCUUUGAUAGCUGUUUGCAGCAGCGCAUCGGAAUGGCAAGAGGCUUUGGCAGGUUGGGCGCACGUCGACGUGGAGGACGAGUCGUCCUUGGCGCGUGUGAUGAGCGCUUGCACCAAAGGCCUUCGCUGGGACGUGGCCUUGUGCUUGUGGCAAGAAGGUGGAGAGCUUGUGCCAGCGCCAGCGGCCUCAGCGGCGCUGGCAGCUGCAUCAGGGCGUUUGUGGCGGCUGGUGCUGCAGAUCUAUGGAAAGAUGCAAUUGCAGUCCAAGAUGAGCACAGUCCAGCACAAUUUGCUGCUGGGUGCUCUGAGCAAAGAGGCCUUGUGGCAGGAGGCACAGGAGCUCCUCAACGAACUGAGCGAAGCCUCGCAGUCCGUCCGCCCCGAUGUGGUCACCUAUAACUCGGUGAUCGCUGCCUGCGAGCGAGCUUGGAAAUGGACUACGGCCUUGCACCUGUUCACCGUGAUGCGCAAGGAGCGCUUGAAGGUCAGCAGCAUCAGCUGCAACAGCUUGCUGAGCGCUUUCGAGAAGGGCACCCAGUGGACGAAAGCUUUAGCCCUACUGCAGCAGAUGGGCCGCUGGCGCUUGCAGACACAGGUCUCUCUCUGCGCGGUGGCCAGCGCAUGUGAAAAGUCUUGGCAGUGGAGAAGGGCGCUCCUCCAUCUGGUUGGGGCACCUGAUGCUGUCUCAUACAGCGUGUCAAUCAAUGCAUGUGAGAAGGGACUCGCCUGGCAGUUGGCCAUGGUCUUCCUCAUGGCCUCCAGGCGACAAGAACUGGCGGACCGGCCCGGCUUUGGAGCUGCUCUGGGGGCACUCGAGAAGGCAUCACAAUGGCAGCAUGCGAUCUCAAUCCUGAAAGAGAUGAGGGCCUCAGACUUGCGUCCCGACUCGGUGACGCUGAGCGCGGUUUUGCGGGCGCUGGGCCGUGGCUCGUGUUGGCCAAGUGUCCUGGAGGUGUUCAGUGAGAUCGGCGGACUCGGGCCAAUGGCGCCCAUGGCAGUCUCCAGUGCCAUUGCGGCCUUGAGUAGCUCCAGUCGUUGGGAGUUGGCGUCUUCGCUAUGGCGCCCUGAUGUGGACGCUGCAGCCGUCCUGGAUGCUUGCUACAAAGCUGGUCAUUGGCGCUUGGCGAUCGACUCCUUCUGGCCGACCUCCACACUGGGCCUCUUGGCCGCCGCGAAGGCUUGUGAAGCUCGGGCGCCGUGGAAGGAGGCGACCGCGGCUCGCAGGCCGUUGGAGAAGGCCCUCUUCUUGGCACUCCGCGACUGGGACGAGGUGGACGCGCCCAUGCCGGGUCGACGAUGUUCGGUCAUGAUUCUUGCCAGCGCCGAGAUAUUCCAGGAGGGACCACCCAGCAUCCUAAUGCUGAGCCGCGCACAUUUGCCUCUACUGAGCAGGUUGAAACUCAUGAGAACGGCUGAGACGCAUGAGGAGCGCGCAGGGCAGCAUGUUUUUUUUGCUCGUCGGCAGAUUUCCUGAGUAAGUUGAGUGGGCACGGGCGAUAGAAGUUGGGCUUUGAGGUUCCUUUAAUUUCCCCUAGGGAUCCAGUCGUACCUUCUGAGAAGGUACUAGGGGGCCGACUGGACCCUCCAAACCUACAUAACAGUGUCUCCAAUCACCUCUGAGGGUUCUUUCAAAUCGAACUUUAAAGGUUUCAUACCACUUGGUGGUGAUCCUUUGAGGGAAUCGGAGCGUCUGAAUGUGUGCUGAUUCGUGAUGAUAGUCCCACGAACUCGUCGGAGGUUCCUUUCUCUCAGCGAUGGAUGUUGGAGGUUCCAUUCAGGAAUUACGGGACCCACAUGCUCUGGAGUUCCUGAACGGAAAUAUGGUACUCAGAUGCUUGAACAACAUGUUGUGGAACGCAUGGGUCGCCCUGCCAAAAGUCGGCCGCGGGCAGAGUUGAGGGCGGGCUGGCCAUCAACUUCUCUUUCGUUCCGAUGAAUUGGUUUCUGAACGCUAGGAGGUUCUGUGAAAGAGUCGCCAGUACACCAUCGACUUUGGGGGGUUUGCCAGCGUUCCUCUUGAACAGGAAGAUUGACCCAGUGGCGGAGCAGCCAGCUACAUGAAAAGCAAGCUGCUUCACCUCUCUAACCUCAUGUCCACAUUCCUGAUUAGGAACUUCCAGGACAUUCAGUACGUGGCCUCUCUGGAGUCUCUGUCUGUGACCUGAAAAACGGG